UGAUGCUGCGCACGUGCCACCUUGAAUGCCCCCGGCUUCGUCGGUGGGAACGCUAUGUGGUCUCGUCUCUCUCUUUUAGCCUCCGAAAAAAGGCAAAUUGUUUUAAUUCCCCAAGCGCUUCUUUGGUGCCCACGUGGCCCCGAGUCAUAGCCCUAAUGUUUGGCUACGAGUUUCAUGCUAACCCUCCCCCCACCGGCAAAAAAUUUCCCGCUUUUUCCAGGACUUUAAAAAAUUGUGAAAAGUGAGGAGGAUGGAGUCAUGGCUCCGCUCAUGGCCAUUCUUCUCAAUAAUCCAACACCAGUAGUGGAAGCAUCUUUUUCGCUACAACAGUCUUUCUAUACCACAUCGUUCUCAACCUCAACUCCAAUCACUACAAGAUCUUUUAUUUAUUUGCUCACAAAACCCUGCAGUGUCACUGUCAACGAUUCAACCUCUUCUUCCACCACGAAAACGAUUUUGUUUGUACAGAUUUUAUCGUUUCUUGCUUUUGAGAAUAAGAGAUUUUGUGCACGUGAUUUGUGUAGGUUGUCGAGGGAUGUAAUGAAUGGAGAUGGGGUAAAUGAUUUUUGGGUUAAGAGAACUGCACGCCAUCUGUUAGACUCGGUGUCUGACUCGAAUCAUGAAGAUUGGAUUCUAGGAACCAUUUUUGCAUUUCCCUUGAAUUCAAGAACCUUUUCCAUUGCCUGCGACGAUGAGAAUGAUGAGGAUUCAGUGAGUGAAGGGAGAGAGGGUUUAGAGAUUGAAUUAAAUGAAGUUGUGGAGGAUAUUCAGGAUGAUUCGCUUACCGAUGUUUGUACACAAGUGGGGAUUGGGAAAAUGGCAGCAGAUUUGAGAGAGCGGAUUAGGAAUUUCGAAUCUAGUUAUAAAACUGUAGCUUUUACCAAUGAACUAAAUUAACUUUGUUUAGAAAAAGGAGGAGGUUCUUUCACAGUUUUGGGUUUGAUUGAACCUUGGAAAGCAGAUGAUAAGACUGCUUCGGUUCUGAUUUCAUUUUCAAGUGGAAGUGAAGAUGAACUUCCUUGGCCAAGCCAGGUUCUUUGCUCAGUUGUCCUUCCUAAGUUAUUGGUUCUUGAGUAGCCGGCUUCUCGUGCGCUUGUGAGUGCAUUGAUAGAGCACUGCACGUUCCAUCAGAGAGCUGCUGAGUAUGCAUUAGUGUUUCCUCUAAUAUUACGCAGAGAAGGUAUCAACAAUCCUAUUUGUGAUGUGAUAACAAGGAUUUAAAGGGAAUGACUGCACCCAGCUCAUGUUUCGGCCUUCUGCUAGAAACUGCUUUGUGGAGGAGAAGAUGAAAACAUCAUCCGUCUUCCGUCUCAUCAAUGUCUUACAUCUGAUGAACUGGUAUGUACAGAAUCCUCGUUUACGCUUUUCCAAAAGAUCUUGAAUCGUAAAGUUUAUUGAUCUCAAGAUUCGGUUAAUCAUAUUGAUUUUGGGAUGGAAUUGACUGAAAUGUUUUUCAAAUAACUGAAAUUUGAGAACUUUUAAUUGUUUAGUCAGGAAUUGGGCCCAUUGUUAAACUCUCAUAAGCUUUUGUUGACCGAAGUUUAGCACACAAAUAUAAUUGUUACCAAAUCCAUACUAUCAAAGUUGCCUUGCUUAUAGCGGUUUAAACUUU